AGACUAUUCUGAACAGGAAGUGAAAAAUUCAAAAGAAAAGUGAAAGACAAAUCAUUACAAAGUUGUUUAGUUUUAUCUACAAUAUCUUAAUAUGAGCAAAGAUUUUACACAGCCAGGUAUUUCAAUGGCUUCAAUAGGAGAUCAAGAUGAGGAAACAUAUCGAGAAGUCCUCACUUGUCCGAUAUGCCUAGAACUGUUAACUGACCCCAAAGUGACUCCCUGUAUGCAUACGAUUUGCUGUGGGUGCCUCGACAAGUGGAUCAAUCAAAAAGGACAAGAGAAAUGCCCAUGCCCUGUUUGUACCAUAGAGUUUGAUCCACCAACAGGGGGCGCCAAAGGCCUUAAGGGCAACUACAUCCUGAAUGACAUGUUAGACACCUUACGGAGACGACUAAAAAAGGAAAGUGACAGUACCAUCAGACACUGUGACAUCUGUUUAAAUGAAGAUGAAAAGGUCAAGGCAACAUCCAAAUGCAUAGAUUGCGAUCAAUACAUAUGCAAAGCAUGCACAAAGUCACAUAUUUAUACUAAAGUCUUAAAAGACCAUAAGGUCAUUCAACUAACAGGGGAUGAUCGCAAAGACACUAACGCUUUACUUGAGAUGAUCCCAAAGCGAAUGAAAUUCUGCGCAUUCCACCCCGAUGAACAAUUAAAGUUCUACUGUCGAAGCUGCAAUGAGGUCCUUUGUAGAGAUUGUUGUAUAACUACACAUAGUGGACACAAAUGUGAGAAUUUGAAUGAGAAUGUGAAACAAGACAUGAAAAACAUUGGAUCCCUUAUCCAAAUAUCUUUGCAGAGAGAAGAAAAUGUCAAUGCAGUUAUUCAGGAAAUGAAUGACUAUAAGGAGAAAAUAGAAAGAAAUGCAUCAGAUAUGAAAACCAAGAUAACCAAAGAUAGACAAGCCCAACAUGAUUUAAUUGAUAAAUACUACAAUGGAGAAGAAGCCAAGGUGGAAAGAUUUAAAUCUGAAGGCUUAAAGAAAGUAGAUGCACAUAUCAAUACUCUCCAAAUGCAAAAUGGGAUUACAGUAAGCACACGACAUCUCCUUGAUACCCAACAACAAUACGGCCACCCAGCUGAAAUCAUCAACAUGAGAAAAGAGAUCAUGAAAAAGACGGAAGAGUGGUCAAAACCCCAAGAAUUGGAUUUUGAUUCUAAGUUCACAUUAACGUACACCCAUGGGACAUCAGUAUUUUUGGGGCUGCGGUUUGGUCAAGUUGCGUCGCUGAAGAAUAUUAUCAAAGGCAAUGUUAAGAUUGAAAGAGAUGUAGCUCCCUUCAAAGAUGAAAAAAUGGAAUUACAGGAUCUCACUGUUUUGGACAAUGGGGACAUUGUUACAGCUCAUCACAAGGAUGGUAUAAAUAUCCUCGACCCUACCACACAUGAACAAAAGCUACAUGUUGACAUGAACUGUGGUUCUGUUGCCUCAGCUCCAGAUAAUCAUAUUGCAGCUGUAGAUGGUGACUCAAACACUCUGAAACUACUUGACAGUAAUGGAAAUAUUGACACUACAAUGCCAUCAGUGGAUGCUUAUUCAACUGCUAUCUCCCCAGAGGGAACAGUGGUUGUGUUCAAGGAUGGUAAACUAUCAUUUAUAAACACCAAAACCAAAACCAAAGAAGAAAAAGUUCUUAGUGUGAAAGAUGAUGGUAUAAUUCCAAGUAUUGCAGUGAAUUCAAGAAAUGAAAUCAUUAUUGCCUACAACAAUGAUAACUCUGUUGAAGGUAUUAGUCAAAAUGGCAAGAAUCUGUUCAAAUAUCAAGGACAAGACCAAGAAGAACUAAAUAAUCCCUGGGGUACAUGCAUUGAUCCAUUUGACAACAUAAUAGUAGCGAGUAAUGGCAACAAGUUAGUACAUCUCUUGAAUCCAAAAGGAAAGUUUCUGAGGCUAUUGGUAACGACUAAGGAAGAUCAGAUUUCAAAUCCAACGGGGGUUGUAGUAGACAAACAGGGCCGUCUCAUUGUUGGAAAAAGGGGAAAGUUAUAUUAUAUCAGCUACCUUGAGUCAUGUGUCAACUAAAUUAGGAAGAUUAACACAUGAACAAAUGAACCAUGUCAAUCAAUGCAAUACAAGAUACACUUAAUUUGACACUUCUUAAUUUCGCGGUUUUGCUCAAUUUCAAAUAUUGGUGGCUAUUUACUUUGGCGGAGUUAGAAUGUCUGAGUUCAAGUUUUAUCAUUGAUCUGGAAAUAAGCAUUUCAGAUUCAUAAAUUCUUGGUAGAUCUAAGUCUUGGUGUAGCACUGGUAUCCAAAUAGGAAUACUUACACAAGUGAAUUAUUUGCAAAUUACAAAUUCCCUGGGGAUUUUCCAAAAUAGAUCCUAAAAUUAGCGGAUUUUUAAUUUGGUGGAUUAUUUAAAUCUGCGAAUCCGUCAAAUUAAAAGGGUAGCGAAAUUAAGUGUAUCUACAGUAUACAAGGUGACUCAAAAAUGCGACUUAUGAACAAAAACCAUAUAACUUAUUAACAGUGUUAGAGCUACGCUUAUGGCAGUAUGGUACUAGUAUAUGGCACAAGUAAACUUCAGUCUUUACCCAUCAAGGCAGGCAAGUCUAAAAUUAUACAAUAGAUGUUGAAAUCUAAAAAAGCUUCACUUAUUUCAAA